AACGCUAGAUGUCGUGACCUCAUGCGAACUUUCGUCACGCUCGCACACGUUACCUGAUGUUUAUAUACCUGUUGACAGUUGGAGGAUGUGGAUGUGCCGAUUCGCAGUCCUUUUUUACGCAUUAUUAACAGUGUCAUCGCGUUUUACGGAUGGAAAGAAGAAAUCUUGCCUUAUAAUAAUACUUGUAGAUGGAGUCAGAUGGAAUUAUUUAGACGAAAACAUUACUUAUACAGGGUUUCGCCAAAUAGCAGAUAAUGGUGUGAAAGCUGAAUAUGUUACACCCAUCUUUCCAUCAAAUUCUUACCCGAAUUGGUAUACAAUUGUAACAGGUCGCCAUGCUGAGAAUCAUGGGUUUGUCCAAAACUAUAUGUAUGAUGAGAAAAAUGGCGAAUAUUUCCUAAUGGCACCAAAUAAAAAUGCAUUCCAUCCACACUGGUGGAAUUACACAGAACCUCUGUGGAUAACAGCUGAGAAGAAUGGAAUCAGAGUGGGUUCCUACUGGUGGGAUGGCUGUCAAGUGGAAAUUGAUGGCAUCAAAGCAUCCUUGUGCAAACCAUACAUACCCUACUCAGAUUGGAUAAACAUGAAAGACAAUGAAAAGGAGAUAUUUAAUGAUAUUCUGGAUAAAUGUAAAAAUAAUGAGCAGCAAUUAUCAUUAAUUUAUUAUGAAGCAGUAGAUGCCACAGGACACAAAUAUGGACCAGAUACUAAAGAAAGAAGGCAAGCUUUACAAAGUAUAGAUUCAGACAUAAAUAGAUUACAAGAAGAAAUAGUUAAAAAAGAUUUACUCACUAAGGUAAAUUUAGUCAUUGUAUCAGAUCAUGGAAUGUCUGACACAAAUCCUACAAAAGUUACCUACAUAAAUAUAGACAGAGUGAUUAAAUUAGACGAUAUUGAGAUGAUGUUGGAUAAGGGUUCCCUUUCCAUGAUUAAACCAAAAGAGAAUAAAUUAGAUGAGAUAAUAAAUGAUUUUAAAAAAGCCAAUAUUCCUGGUCUUCAUGUGUUUAAGAAAGAAGAUAUUCCAAACCACUAUCAUUUCAAAAAUCAUAAUUUAGUGCUUCCAAUUUUAUUAAUGGCUGAUGAAGGAUAUUACAUAAAUCCAAUAAAUGAUACAUUGAAAAUGAUACCAUCAUCCCUCAAAGAAUAUUUAGGAUUUCAUGGUUAUGAUCCAUAUAGAAAAGACAAAACUGACAUGAGAGGAAUUUUUUAUGCUAGAGGACCAAACUUUAAAUCGAAAUUUGUCAACCCACCAGUUCAAAUGACUGAUCAUUAUAAUAUAUUUUGUCAUAUUUUGGGAAUUGAACCUAUACCUAAUAAUGGAUCUUGGGACAGAGUUAAAGACAUGAUAUACAAUAAUGGAUAUUCAGCUUCAAAUAAUCCUUUAUUAAUUUUGUUGACUAUAGGAGGCAUAAUGUUUAUAUAUAAUUUGCUGUAAUAAUCAAAGCUGUAAUUAAUUGGACUGUUUUUCACUACUAUUAAUAAUUACAUAAAGUAAUUUGACACUAGAUGUAGGCAUUAGGUGCCAUCUCUUAUUAAAU